UAAUAUUUUUUAGGGUGCAAACCUAUUUCUAAUGUCAAUACUGUAACAAAUGCAGAAUCAGCUGUAUUAAGAAAAAAAAAAAUCGACAAGUUAACUAUUUUGUAUACUAGUUAAUACCUUCAAGUGUUUUUCAAAGAAGGUAAAAAAUGUCCCUUUCACCGUUUUUCCGUUCUCCAUUUACUGAUCUAACUGGUGGUAUGAUAUCGCACCAGAUCUUGGGCCAAUGUCAGAAACAAGAGAUGAGGUAUAUGGAUUGCCUCGAAGCCUAUGGUCUCGACCGUGGACAGGUCAAGUGUGGACAACUGUUUGAGGAAUUUCACGAAUGUCAAACAAAAACGAAACAGUUCAAAAGAUUUAUGGCUAUGAGGAGGGAGAGAGACAGACAGAUAGCAGAGGGAAAACUAAAAGGAGAUGAACAAUAUUUGAAUCCAAAAAUUGACAGUUUUUAAAUAUAAGGAUAACUAUGUAGACAUGUGUACAAUAUAAAUAAAUUGAACAUUAGAGUUUA